GGGCCGGGCCGAGCCGCGCCGGGCGGCGGGAGCAGCGCCGCGUCCGCACCGGGCCACGCCUGGGGCUGCGAGCGGCCACCGGCACCGGCACCUCCCGGCCACGCCUCGGGCUGCGAGCGGGGCACCGGCACCGGAACCCGCACCGGGACCAGGACCCCCGAGCCACGCCUGGGCUGCGAGCGGGGCUCCGGCACCGGCACCGGGAGCGGGGCUCGCACGGGGAUCGGGACCUGCACGCCCGGGCCACGCUUGGGGCCGCUGCGAGCAGGACACCGGCAGCGGGACCGGGACUUCCGAGCCACGCGUGGGGCUGCGAGCCGGACACCGGCACCGGGACCCGCUCCCGCGCCGGGACAGCCAGCUGCUCCUCUCCACGCUGUGUCCCCAUGGAGUGACCCUGCGCAGGGGUCCCGGCAGCUCGGGGGGACGCUGGCUGCCAGCACCGCGAGCAUGAGCGACUUCUGGCACAAGCUGGGCUGCUGCGUGGUGGAGAAGCCCCAGCCCAAGAAAAGGAGGAGGCGGAUCGACCGCUCCAUGAUCGGGGAGCCCAUGAACUUCGUGCACCUGACGCACAUCGGCUCCGGGGACAUGGCUGCGGGAGAGGGGCUGCCCAUGACUGGUGCUGUCCAGGAGAUGAGGUCCAAGGGCGGCCGGGAGCGACAGUGGAGCAACUCCCGUGUGUUGUAGCGUAUUCCUGGCUUUUUCAGCCCAAACUUGAACUGCCUGAUCCCCCCGCUGGAGGAGAAGCCGACCUUGAGUGCUUUAACCCCGCGGUAUUUAUGCAGCACCGUCCUCACCCAGCUCCCGGGGACUUUGGGUCGUCGUCCCUCUGGAAAAUCCCUCCUUCCCGGAGGCCCUGGCCGGUGACAUGGGGAGGGAGCGGGGACAGCAGCCCCCAUCUCCUGCCCCACCUGGAAAGGACACAGCCACCCUCUGAAACGCGCCAGGAGCUGCCAGGCGCAGCCCACGUGUCCCAGAUUCUCCCAGUUUUCCCUUUGCCCACUCCCUUGUCUCCCAUGGGCUGCGUGGUGGUGCCUCAGUUUCCCCAGGGAAUCACUCAUGGUGCAGAGGCAGAUUUGAUGCCUCCCAGAACAUCACGCAGGAGCAAAACCAGGAAUAAGCCCUGAUAUUCUGGCGCCAAACCAGAAUGAAACCCAAGAUGUUCUGGUGUCAAACCAGGAUUCGAUGUCAACCUGGGAUUAAACCCCGAUUCUUCGGAGCAAAAGCGGGAUUAAACCCCGACGCUUCGGUGCCAAACCAGGAUCCAACCCCAACGCUCGGCUGUCCCGGCGUCACCGAGCCCACAGUGCCUCCGGCUGGCAUUCCCACCGCCGCCAAACUCCCACCUCCCUCCUUUUUCUAGGAUCUCUUCUUAUUUUUAAGCUCCAAAACCCACCUGAGCAGCCUCCAUCGCCUCGGGCAGGACCGUGGGGGGGUCCCCUCCACCCGGGAUUGGCCCCGGUCCCGGCCAGACAGGGCCUGAGCCGAGAAGGGCUCCGGAAUUCAGGCGCGGCUGUACAUAGUUUAAUUAGCGCCAGGAUUAAAUAUUAAAUAGCACGUGCUGGGUGACAGAGCCUUUCCCCUGCCCUGAGCUCCGGCCAUGCUCUGCCGGCAGCCGGGCUUUUCCAGCCCCACGGCACACUCGGGUCAGGGGUUUUGGGGAAAAAAACAUUCCACCUUUGAAAUAAAUGCCUUGUGCUGGCCCAAGGGGUGGGUGCACAAGCUGCUCCAGG